AUGAACCCUGAUGUGCGACCCCCUCGGCCCCGUAGCCGCGAUGACUUCGAGAUCGCCAUCAUCUGUGCCUUGGUUCUGGAGCGGAAUGCUGUGGAGGCGCUUCUAGAAGAAGAAUAUGAGACCCAUGGCUUUUCGUACGGCAAGGCUGCCGGAGAUUUGAAUGCCUACACCACCGGACGGCUGGGGAAUCAACAUGUGGUGCUGACCUAUAUGCCAAGUAUGGGUAUCGCCAGUUCAGCGGCAGUAGCCGCAAACCUUUGCAACAGCUUUAGAGGAAUCAGGCUUGCCAUCACAACUGGUAUUUGUGGCGGCGCCCCAAAGGCUCCUGAUGGUGCCGAGAUCCUGUUAGGCGAUGUCAUCGUCAGCAUGUCGGUGAUUCAGAUCGAUUUUGGCAGGCAAUACCCAAACACAUUCGUCAGGAAGAAAGAGAUCGACGAUACUCUGGGCCGGGCAAAUCCAGAAAUUCGAGCAUAUAUCGGGAAGACUUCAGGCCAUCUAGUCCAAGAGAGGCUUCGGGAGAAGAUUGCCAUCUUCUCCGCCCACAUCUCCGCCACAAAGGGGUUUUCGGGAUUCGUCUAUCCUGGACCAGAAAAUGACAGACUCUACCCUGCUGACUAUCGACACAAGCACCGAACGCAAAACUGCAGUACUUGUGGCCAUUGUGUGGAACCAGACGACGGCGUGUGCGAGGCUGCCCUCCAGAGUUCGUGUACGGCUUUGGGUUGUGAGAGUGACCUUGUUGACGGCCGGACACGUCUUGAACGAGCGCUAGGCGUAUCCCCGGAUGGACGCCGAAUGACAUCUGCAGCUAUUCAAGAUGCCAGAAAACCAGCCAUUCAUACAGGGCGCAUAGCGAGCAGCAACACCGUCAUGAAGAGUGGUAUGCACCGAGAUCGUGUUGUGGCUGAGGAGAAGGUUCUUGGGUUUGAGAUGGAGAGUGCAGGUAGUUGGGAAUACGUCCCUACAAUUGCCAUCAAAGGUGUAUGUGACUAUGCUACAGCAGCCGCGUGCACCAAGGCGAUGCUGGAAGAAUGGAGAAGCGUGCAAAGCCCGCCUCGGGAUCCAGACGAACAGACACACCGAGGGUCCGUCUUAAUCACACAUCCCGUGCACUGGACCAUCACUCGCUCUGCCAACACAUUGUUCGUCGGACGAAAUGAUGUGAUCGAAGAGUUGGAUACCAUCAUCCGCGAGGCUAUCAAGAAUCCUGAGCCGAAGACUCAAUGCAGAAUUGUCAUUUCCGCUAUGGGUGGCCAGGGUAAGAGCGAGGUCUGCUUGCAACUGGCCCAGCGCGUCCGUACACUAUUCUGGGGAGUCUUUUGGGUCGAGGUCAGCACCAAGUCUUCGGCGGAGAACGGUUUCUUGGACAUCGCGAAGCGUGUAAACCCUCCCGCACAGACAUGGGAGCACGGGCGGCAAGGGCUGGCCAACGUUCAGCAACCAUGGAUCUUGGUGUUGGACAAUGCUGACGACCCGGUCAUCGACUACUCCGAGUAUUUCCCACCUGGGCCGUCGGGCGUAGUGGUGCUAACGUCGCGCAAUCACGAGUUCCAGCAAUAUGCGACUGCCCGGCACAUUGAUCUAGAAGGCCUUCCUGUCGCUGAUGCCCGAGAACUCUUGUUAAAAGCGGCACGCUUGCAGGGAGAUGAACGGCCGAAUCUGACAGCUGAUGCAAACAAAGUGGCCGAGCUGCUUCAUUUGCACCCUUUCGCGCUUAUUCAAGCCGGAACAUAUGUAGCACGUGGCCACUGCACCCUCGCCGAAUACCCUGAAGUGUACGCACGUCAAAGGAAAAAACUACUCACCUUCCGUUCCAUGCAGGCUCGGUCUCGGUACCGCGACGUCUACACAGCCUUCGAGGCCUCGAUCGAAACCCUUCGUUCAAUCUCGGAGGUUUCAGCCCACGACGCGCUCGAACUGCUGCCCAUGCUGGCAGUAUGUGGGGCGAAUCGUAUCCCCCUUGAGCUAUUUCGAGUUGGCUGGAAGGGUGCACAACACUUCAUCUCCAGAAAUGCAUGUGACCUAAGUAGCCCGAGCCGAUCACUGACACAAUGGCAUGUCUCUCGUUUCCCGUUAUUUGUGCAAGUUGGUGUGGAAGAAUGGGAUCCCUUUCGCCUCAUGGAAGCCUUGCAGAUGCUGAAAGCACUCGGCCUUGUCUCGGUCGAGGAGUCUAACGAAGGUGACAGGAGCGUUUCCAUGCACCCCCUAGUUCAUGCCUGGGCGCGAGAUCGCCAGAGUGACCAGCAACGGCACGAAUCCUGGCUGAAGAUGAGUUGUCUCAUCGCCGUAGCCUCCGUUGACAACGACUUCUGGAGCAUGAGCGCGCAGCGGCUGCAAGCCCAUCUCCAGGCUGUCAUAUUGUGGCCCAUGCAGUCGAUCUUUGGUGGGGACCCAGCCUCAUUGAUAGUAGACGUGUUGUCGCAGAUUGGGAUUAUAUGCCACAUUUUGGGAGAUGACAAACAACUCGCUUUGAUACUAGAGAGGUUGUUCACACACUUGAAUCUAGACCCUUCGAAGGUGAAUGAGCAGUGGGUGAACAUAUAUGAACUUAAGGCGGUGAACUUGAUCUCCUCUGGUGGAUUUGACGAGGCAAUAGCACUCCUGACGCAGGUGGUGGAGAUGAAGACGGGCACACUCGCGAAGGAGGAUCCUGGCCGACUACACUCAAUGUACUUGCUUGCAUUGGCAUAUAAAGGUGACGGGCGAGUUAUGGAAGCAUUGACAUUGCUGGAACAGGUGGUCGAGAUAGAGAGCCACACCCGCCCGGAGACAGAUCCUACCCGACUGCCUCCGAUGAAUGCGCUGGUGCUGGUGUACCAGGAUGUCGGACGAGCUCAAGAAGCGUUGUCCUUGCUAGAAAAAGUGGUCGAGAUUGACAGUCAUCAAAUAGUGGCGGGGCAUCCAGCUCGACUGUAUCCGAUGCAUGCGCCGGCGAUGGUGUACCUGCUCGACCGACAACCCGAUAAAGCCAUCCCUUUGUUAGAACAUGUGGUCGAGACAAGGAGGCACACACUCACCGACGAACAUCCAGCUCGACUGGCCUCGAUGCAUGAGCAGGGAAGAGCGUACCGAGAGCGUGGACAACUCAACGAGGCAGUGGCGUUAUUAGAAGAGGUCGUCAGCACUGAGAAGCGCACGCGCGCGCCGGAAGAUCCAGUUCGGCUGAACUCGAUGGCUGAGCUGGGGAAAGCAUACAUGGCCAACGGACAAUUCAACGAGGCCUUGGUAUUGUUGGACCAGGUGGUCGACGUGGUGAUUUCAGGCGCCGAACACUCGCUGAGCAAAAUCUAG